CUCGGCCGCGCAGAGGAUGGUUGCUUACUCUAGCCUCGUUGGUGGAGCUCGCUAGCACCAGAGGUUUUACACCAAACAUGAAGGCGACCCGCACCAAGCACAGCUUACUGCGUGUCUGCGUCCUGUCCUGUUUCAUCUACCUGUUGUGUUCCACCUGCUCCGGGGUCGUGUCCGGGCGGGAAAUGGCCUCUCAUCACCGCACGUUGUUGAAGCGCAGCCGUCGGAGUCACCAGAGCUCCAAGGCGCACAAAGGCGCGCACCACCGGCCGCUGACGGACGAGCAGAAAGCGGACCAGAACCUGCAGUUCAUGCUGAACUUGUACCGGAGCGCAGCGGAACCCGACGGCAGGCCCAAACAGCACCGGAAGUUCGGCUCCAACACGGUGCGUCUGCUGAGACCGACGGCGUCCUCGGUGCACUACCUGCCAGCGUCCAGAGACCACCACUACAGCUUCACAGUGCAGUACAACCUCGACACUCUUCCCUCGGAGCAGCUGAUCAGAGCCUCAUUCAUCCAUCUCCGCUCUUCAUCCUCUCCCUCCUCCUCCUCCACAGCCUCGAGCCCCACCCAGGCUCUCAUGCCGCCUCGCUGCAGGGCUCAGAUCACCUCACUGGGCAAAGAGAGCUUUGUCACACUAGAGCCCCAUGAGCGGUGGACGGAAACGGACAUCACCGCACACGUCCAGCAGGGGAAGAACCGGGGCCCGGGGGGACACUUGACCCUCACUGCCCAGUACUGGUGCACAGAUCCUGGGCAUGCUGAAGACGAUGGCAGCCUCACAUGGUGGUGGUUGUCUCAUCUUCGAGGGAGGAAAAGAUGGAGAGGUGAGCCUCAUCUUCAAGUCCCGUCUCUCCUUUUAUACCUGGAGGAGGAAAGGGAAGUGAAGGACUGGAUGGGGGAUUUGCUGGGUGUUGAAGGGGAAAACAUCAUGCAGCGAAUACGGCAGUGGCAUCCCUCAGUUCGGCGGCGCCGCUCCAAAGACGUUUCAUCUUCAGAGGCCAAAGAUACGUCGCUGGAUGUUCUGAAAAACGCCCCUACUUCCUCUUCCUCUUUCUCCACCUCCCCUUCCUCCUCCAUCAUCUCCGAUAUCCCAAACUACAAACGCAAAACCAGCACGCCUAAGAACCGCUGCAAGCUCCACUCCUUCCGUCUCUCAUUCGACGAGCUUGGCUGGGGUCACUACUUCAUCGCUCCACCGGUGUACAACCCGCGGUUCUGCCAGGGCAACUGCCCAAGGGUGCUCCCCUAUGGCUUCCAUUCCCCCAACCACGCCAUCAUCCAGACGGUCAUCAAUGACCUGGGCGUUGGGGACGUCCCGCCUCCGUCCUGCGUGCCUUAUAAGUACAUGCCCAUGAGCGUGCUGGUUGUGCACAAGAAGAAGGUGGAGUACAAGGAGCUGGAGGACAUGGUGGCCGAGUCGUGCACGUGUCGCUAAAGACUCGGGACUUGAGCAUGCUUAGCGCUGAGAGAAGAGACGAAAGGGGGCAGAUUUGAUGGGUCGUUUGUUUGAUCCACAGCAUGGCGGCUAACCAUAAUGAGCUUAUGACUGGAAAGAGGAAGUUGUUGUGGUUUCAAAUCUUCACCAUCCUUGUUUAAGCACUUUAAAAGGCAGAUGCUGAAUGAAACUCUGGCCUGUGAAGAAAUAUGGGUUGUGCAGAUGAGCGGACGUGUCUAUUUACUGAUUUUUCUUUUUGUGAAUAAUUGUUCUUUGAGCUGUUUAACGCACUGUACAGAUUGGUGAUUAAAGGGAGCUGGUGAAUUUGGAAGCAUUUAAAGCCACUUUGAGGGUGACUUUAAGUGGUAAUUUAACUUGGCUAAACCCUCCAGAGUAACUUAACAAUUUAACUUCUACUUUAACCUGAUAAAAUUGAUAAAACAUCCUUUUAGGAAAAACAAUGUAGGAGUAAUCACCGGUUUGUUUGUAAUACUAAACUGAGUGAAUUGUCUCAUUUGAACCACAAACACAUGUAGAAUCCAUCUUUAAUGUUUAACCUCAAACCACAGCCAUCUAAUUAUUACUUUCUUUCAUGUGCCUUUUUUCUCUGUAUCAUUCUUUAAAACCUGGUCUGUUUCACAUCAGGGCUGCGAUUCUCACAAAGAGCCAGCAUUUAAAUUUGUAUUUGUGUGUAAAACAAAAAACAAACAAAAAAAACAUUUCUGGAUAUAAUGUGUUGUCACUGUUAGAGGCCAUGUUCCUCUGUGAGAAAUUAGACACUGCUAAAAAAAUAUUUUAAAUGACGAGGGGUCGGCUUUGUUGGAUGUAACUGUAAAGGUAUUGUGCCGUCGCAUUUUGCUGUGUGCAAUCUUUUGCAUUUUGUAUGUAGGAUAUUUAUAAUUUGAAGGGUCUAUAAAAAAAAAACUUGA